AUGCCAACUUUAUUACAAGCUUUGUUUUCCGAAUUAAAGCAGAUAAGGACUUAUUUAAUAAAGAUAGGCCCUACAAGAAGGAAAGGUAAUAUUUUAGUAAACAAAUUAGAGGCUGCCAAUAGUCUAUAUGAGCAAUAUAAUAAUUGGGUUGAAGAAUAUAAAGGUGAUGAGUCAGAGAUUUUAGAAUAUUGUAAUCAAUUUGAACUUUUGUAUCAGUCAAUUGUAGAAUUGUGUCAAAGUGAUAAGGCAUCAGAGGUAAACAUGCCGACUUUUGAUUUGAAAACGGCUUUUCAUUUAAUGCCCUGUAUGAAUGAUACAGAGGCUAAUACGAAACAAUUAAUUGAUAACAUAGAGUAUUACGAUUCCCUUUUAGACACUGAACAAUAUUUUGGUAUGCAGUUGUCUAAUCUUUUUGUUGACCUAACGAUAUCCCAAGCCGAAGGAAAUUCGAAUAAAUAUGAAAUUUUAAAGCCAUUAAAUGAAAAAAUUGCGAUAAAAAGAUUUGCCGACGGCUUGCGAAAUCGUAGGUUGAGCACAAUAAUCGCAGCCAGGAACUUCAACUCGCUGAAAGACGCAAUCCAAGCAGCACAAGACGAAGAAGUUUCAUCCUCAUCUGGCUCAGGUGAAAUAAUGGGUAUGUCAAAAUAUACAUAUUCUAACUCUUUUAGGGGGCGCCGUAACAAUUUCAGAGGCGCUCGAGGUCAGUAUAAUACUAGACAUUUUACACCCAGGACACAAGGAAAUACGUAUCAAACAAACCAACAGCGUGGGUGGAACCAUCAGGUGAAUACAACAGGCUCUUCGAUGCGAGGCCAUAAUUUUAAAGUUGAUUCAGGGGCCUCUUCAUGUGCUAUUAAAUAUAGUUAUGUAAAAGAACAGAAUAUUCCGGUACAAAAUGAAAACAUAGUGAUAAACGGGCUCGGAGGCAAAGUCCAAGCCAUGGGCUUUCUUUGUAUUAAUUCUCCUCCUAAUACAUCCCGUAUACCCCCCCGCUCGGGUAUCCCGUUACCCCAGCGGAGCCGUGACCCGCGUCUGAGGGCGAACCGCUCCCCCGCCCCCGCGCCGUCGCUGGCAGCUUCCGCGUGGGCUCCGCCGCGACUGGCCGCCUCCGCGUCGCCCGCCGCGCUGCCGACCGCGCCGCUCAACGCGCCGCUCACCGCGCCGCUCGCCGCGCCGCUCACCGCCCCGCCGGCCGGCCCGCGCACCGCGCCGCCGACUGCGCCGCUCACCGCGCCGCUCGCCGCGCCGCUCAACGCGCCGCCGACUGCGCCGCUCACCGCGCCGCUCGCCGCGCCGCUCACCGCCCCGCCGGCCGGCCCGCGCACCGCGCCGCCGACUGCGCCGCUCACCGCGCCGCUCGCCGCGCCGCUCAACGCGCCGCUCGUCGCGCCGCUCACCGCGCCGCCGGCCGCCACUCGCGCUGCACCGCCGUCCGCCGCGCGCGCCGCGCCGCCGACCGCGCCGCUCACCGCGCCGCCGGCCGCCCUGCGCGCCGCGCCGCCUGCGGCUCCCUCCGCGUGGGGACAGCCGCGGCUGGUCGCCUCCUUACCGGCAACCGCGUCGCCUACGGCUCCCCCCGCGCGGGGUCUGACAACUGCACCCUCUGUCUGGGGCCGCUCCUACGCGGCUGCCAGUACAAGCGCGCCCAGCACCGCCACCACCACCACAGCACCCAGCACCACCGCUCCAGCGCCCGCUGCCGCCUCUUCGAGGAACAAUGGCGCUAACAAAAAGCGCCCCCCUCCCAGGCCUCCCGGACGAAAUAUCCACCCAUCAUAG